CGUCACCGUGGGGGGGUGGGGGUUCAGCACCCUGGACAGCGGCGCCUGGUCAAUAAUAAAGCAGCCGGAGCUCCGUCCCUGCCCAGCAGCUGGGAGCUCGGAGAGAGCCGCAUCAAUCCGUCGAAGACGAAUGGAGAACAAGAGAGAAGGAGAGAAAAAAAUUGCGACUUGUUUACAGGAUGACAGUCCAUGUCUUUCCCCUCCCUGUUCCGGAAGUAGCUGCUGCGUUGGUUCAAUCUCCAAGCCGACCAUUUCGAGGAGGAAAAUCAGCGCCAGCAGUAUCAUCACCACCAUCUAUCUGAUCCAAUAAUCAAUGCCAUUACUGCCGUGUAAUUGCUGUCGGAUACGAAGCCAUCUCAAUGCGUCUUUCUCUCCAAAUAUAUAUAUAAAAAAUCGCAGGGUGCCUUUAUUGUUUCCACCUCUCGUUGACAUUUCGCCGCGUUUCUGGCUCGCAAUGAAACGCUGAUGGACAUCGAGCGAAGAAGGGAAAACAUGGGGCUCUCGGAGGUUUUUGUGCCACCGUGUUUCCAGCUAUAGGCUCGAGAAAAUGCAAAUGAUGAGGAUUGUGUUUUUGAUCUGGAUUGUCGGGAUGAGCAGCGAGGAUUCUUCGUGGAUCAACCAGAGGCUCCACAAAAAGGAGAUGAAAUAGAAAGAGAGGAGAGGGAAAACCAUGAUCUGACGCUUGGGAUGCUACAAUGAGGGACAAUUAAAAAAAUUAAAAGACAAUACGAUCGCGUCCGAAUUGAAUCUCCUCUCAUUUUUUUCUUUUGUUUCUUUUUUUGGAUUAUGAUUCUUGACAAGAGUCCCAGAUGUGACUGUGCGGAUGGCAUGUCGUAUUUUAUAUCCCAUCUCCUGUUUCCUGGCUCGGUGUUGCUCUCUCUUCCACUCGUCCACUCUCUCGCAGUCUUUUGCUUUGGGUAGCAAAAACAUGUAGGCUAUUUUUUUUAUUUAUUUUUUUUUGCUGCAAGCCCGGUGAAAGAAAAAAAGAAGAAGGUGUAUUUGGGAAGAAGAAAAAUGGACGAUGGAAACGGAAAAGCAGUUUAAGUUGUGAUGUUUUGUGGGGUGCAGUGAAAGAUGCAUCUGUAGACAACGUUUGCUGAGUUGUUUGAGUAAUGAAUAUUGAAAGAGUGUGUCGGCCAACUGAAAGGGAAAAUCUUUCAUCCGCAUUGGCUUAGACACACAUGCCAUCAGUGGGACCAGAGCCUUUAUUUCUCUGGAUGUACAAUUAGCAGAGAAAUAAACAUGAACAUAUAAAGUCUAUAAAUAAUAAUACCAACAAUCAUAAUAAUAAUAAUAAUAAUAAUAAUAAUAAUAAUAAUAAUAAUAGAAGGGGGAGGCAAAAACACUUCAUUUAUUUAUUCCAAUCUGACUGAUUCUUUAUGUAGCCAAAAAUGUUCAAGUAUCGGAUCCGCAUGUUUUUUAAUGAACUGAAAGUCCUGGUGUUUAUGCGAUCCGAUUCGAGACAGCCCAGCUCAGACACAGAUAGACGGUCCACCACCACCACUACCAUGCGAGGUCUGGGGAUGGGCGGCUGCGGUUGGCCGCCUUUCGUCGACUGCCAUUCCCGGGAUGACGAGGAGGAGUACUACGGCAGCGACCCGCGGCCCCGGAGCCUGGCGUUUGAGGACAAGGAGCCCAAGCUGCAAGUGGGCCUGGACGCCGUGUCCCUGGCCAGCACCGCCAGCAGCCUGCGGACCCCCCAGUGCCGGAUCUGUUUCCAAGGCCCAGAGCAGGGCGAGCUGCUGAGCCCCUGCCGCUGUGACGGCUCCGUGCGCUGCACCCACCAGCCCUGCCUCAUCCGCUGGAUCAGCGAGAGAGGCUCCUGGAGCUGCGAGCUCUGCUACUUCAAGUACCAGGUCCUGGCCAUCAGCACCAAGAACCCCCUGCAGUGGCAGGCCAUCUCUCUGACAGUGAUUGAGAAGGUGCAAAUUGCGGCCAUUAUUCUGGGCUCCCUGUUCCUCAUCGCCAGCAUCUCCUGGCUCAUCUGGUCCUCCCUCAGCCCCUCAGCCAAGUGGCAACGCCAGGACCUGCUCUUCCAAAUCUGCUACGGCAUGUACGGCUUCAUGGACAUCGUGUGCAUAGGCCUCAUCAUCCACGAGGGAUCGUCUGUGUAUCGAAUCUUCAAACGAUGGCAGGCUGUCAAUCAGCAGUGGAAAGUACUGAACUAUGAGAAAUCAAAGGACUUGGGCGACCCGUUGAGCUCGAGCAGCAAGACGGGCGCUCGCGGCUCUCGUGGCAACCCUCACGGCCUGGCCAGCAGCAGCGGAGGCCGACAGAGCAGGAGGCUAAGAACUAUUCUGAACCACCACUGUGGAUACACCAUCUUGCACAUCCUGAGCCAACUGAGGCCCAAUGACCCCCGGAUCAGUGCCGCCGCCAACCGGGAGGUGGUGAUGAGGGUCACCACCGUAUGAGAGGAACAAGCACGCGUGACAGGAUCGUCCUUGUGUCCUGAUGUAAAUGAGCAGAGGGACUUAUGGACCUAAUAUUAAACACUAAAGACUCACGUCGGCAACGGGAGGCCUGUGAGGAGCUGAGUGAUGCCCGGAGCAUCAACAGACAGCCCACACCGGAGGAUUUCUCCUCUUGUUUCGUACAACAAAAGGAAGCCAGAUGCUCCUUUUCAAUAAUUACAGAACUGAUGAAAAUAAGGACGAAAAAACAAGCAUUAAAAGACAUCUAACGUGAAUUGAAAGUGUAAACAGGCUUUAAAACCUGAUCCAAGAUGAUUUUUUUUUUAGUUGAAUAUCAGGAUGCACAGAGACAUUUCUCUUUUUUGGUUUGAAUCGUCUUGGUUUGAUUUGUAUCUGUUCUUUCUUUUUUUUCUUUUCUUUUUUUACUCACGUUGAUUUUGUACGGAUGUAUGAUUUUAGAGGAAAUCAUGUAACUCCAUACAUGCCAAAUUUUUCCAGUCAGCUAUGUAUAAUGAUCUUUAAAUUUCUACAAGAUAACUGAUGCUGGUAAAUAGACCGAAAACUGAAACUAAACAAACGUGAGGGCGACAACAGAAACAAUAAGUCAUUAUAAGUUUAAAAAAAAAAAGGAAAAAGGACAAAAAAGAAAAAAAAAGAAAUCAAUAAGAUUUACACGUAACCUUUCUGCAAUAAAGAGACGUAUGUACAUUUCACAGGGAAUUUUGCAUGGGUAUAUAAUUUUAUUCUUCAUCACAUAACAUAAGCACAUGACAAAUUUGCUCUAUUUCGAAUGGUGCUUGCCAAAAUAAACACUUUGAAAGCAUCUGAUCUCAUUGCACCAAUUUUUGUCAACAUGACAAAUGGCAGUGUGUUACGGCUAUUUCAGCUAAAAUACAGAUUGUUGCUGCUGUGUGCUGAUUCAGAUUUGAUAAUAAGUAAACUACUGGAUUAAAAACGGGGAUCAGCUGAUCUCUUACUUCUCAGUCUCA